ACUUGUGCAUGUAGGCUGCAUUUGGGCCCCUCUUCCUCCAUUUCUCCCCCCGCAAGCUUAGGGUGCAUAAAGGCUUCACCGAGCCUCCUGAGCACUGCAGUUCGAAAUGCUGGCCUCGCAACUGUUAGCUCGCAGUCAGCGCCCGAUAGUAGGGCGGGUCUGCCCAGCGGCGCCACGCGCUGCUCCCCAGCGGCGCUGCUUCCGUGUGACCGCGGGCGCGGCGACUGGCGGGAAGGAGGAGGGCAGCAAGAGCACAGUUGCCAUCGCCUCCGCCACCUCAAGCGAUGAGGAGGCGCUGGGUUUGACCGGCGGCGCCGGAGCUGCUGCCGCCGGCGCACAGCCCGCUGAUAACGCGUGGCGGUGGGAGGAGAGCGAGGAUGCGGUGAAGGCCUACGGCGCGCUGGCGGCCCUGCUGGUGCUGGGCACCGUGACGCCUCUGCACAGCACGCAGCUAGCAGAUCUGCCGUACUUCAUCGGCCUCGCUGUGUGCACCAUCUACAUCGGCGCCCACCGCGGCCUCACUACCCGGCAGCGGCAGCAGAUAACGCUGAAGGAGGGCAUCCUGGCUCCGGUGCUGGCCUCGGCCUCGCUGUUCGGGUUCUACCUGCUCAUCAAGUACCUACCUGACUUCAACCCACAGAUUUUCCUAAACGCCUAUUUCUGGAUGUUGGGCAGCUUCGCCAUUGGAGGGGCGGCGGUGCCCGUGCUGCGGCAGGUGGGCGGCCCACUUGGCGAGAAGUCAAUCAAGUUCGGUGUGCCGGAGGGGCUGCUGCUGGACGAGGCGGGGAACAGCAUUAGACAGGCGGAGCUGGCGCCUACGGACAUCAUGUCCGUGGCCCUGGCGCUGGGACUGUCGUCCGCCGAGCUGGCGAGCGGUCACUCCAACUUCACACUCAACAACCUGAUCGCUACUCUGGUGGCCACCGAUAUCCUGCAGCUGAUCGGGCCGCGCAGUUUCCGUACCGCCGGCCUGCUACUGCUGGGGCUGCUGGUGUACGACGUGUUCUGGGUGUUCGGCUCGCCCAAGGUGAUCGGCGACAACGUGAUGCUGACGGUGGCCACCUCGGACGUUAUCUCGGGCCCCACGCGCAUCCUGUUCCCGCGCAUUCCCGGCGGCGGCAGCACCGCGGAGGCCGCCGCCGCCGCCUUCCCCUUCUCGCUGCUGGGUCUGGGCGACAUUGCGGUGCCGGGCCUACUGGCCUGCCUGACGCUGAGGUACGACGCCUCGCGGUCUGUGGACAUGAAGGCCCGGGCGGUGGCGGCGGCGGAGGCCAUCACUUCGGCGCUGGCGUCUCUGGACCCAAAGGCAACCAGCCGACAGGUGGCGGAUGCUACAGCCGACGCCGCCUGCAACGCCUAUGACCGCAUCGCCGAUCAGGAGGCCCUGCAGCGUGAGCAGAGCCUGGACGGCACAAACGCUGGCAGCGUCGGUGGCGGCGGCGACGGUGAGAGCGCUGCCGCCGCCAACCGACUCGGCGCAUCACUGGUCCGCGGCGUCUCCGCCGCCGCCAGCGGCGCCUCUGCGCUGGGUGCCGGCCGCAACAGCCUCGGAGCCUCCACGCGCGCGGCGGCGCAGCAGGUGCAGCUGCAGGAGGAUGCCGCGGCCGCGGCCGCGGCAGCGGCGGCGACGUCAGCGGCAUCUGCAGCAUCCGCAUCCCCUUCUGGAGAUGGGGCGGCGGCGGCAGCGGCCACGCCGCGCGUGCCGGUGUCGGAGGCUGUGUUGUACCAGCGGACGUACUUCACUCCCGUGAUGGUGUCGUACGUGUUUGGCCUGGCCCUGGCCUUCGUAGCCAACGACAUCACAAAGCUUGGACAGCCGGCUCUGCUGUACAUCGUGCCCUCCACUCUGGGUGCCGUGCUGCUGACGGCGCUGACACGCGGCGAGGUGGGCCGGCUGUGGAGCUACACGGACGUGCCCAGCUUCGGGCUGCCCAGCCGGGAAGAUCUAAAUGGCGAGGAAGACAAGAAGAAGGAGAAGGAGGCGGCGGACAACAACUAAGACGGGGGUUUUGUGUGUGGAGGACAGGGUUUGCAGGCGGCGCAGGCGUGUUGGGGAGGAAGUGUGCGUUUGCAUGGGGUGUUUUUGACGUGCUUGAAAAAACGCAACACGUGUUUAUUGUGACUGCAGAUACAUGUGCUGGGUCGGGUGCGGCCUGAGCCCUGAGGCAUCAUUCGUUACCCCUGUUGCCAGUGGUGUUUCGGCAUGACUUGGGUUCGAAGGUUGCUGGCGGGAGUGGCGACUUACGACGUUUGUGCGGUUUUUAUCGCAUUGAUUGCGUCCGCUUCUGAUGUGACGAUGGUACGCUGCAGCAGCAUGGACAGAGACCUCCGACAAAUCGGAGUGUGCGGCAUGCCGGAAGGGAGGCACAUGUGAAGCCCAAGACUUUCCCGCGCGUUGGCGAAAGGUGGCUCUUUGUCUCAAGGGAGUAAGUGGGCUGAGCCCAUGCCAUGUUGGUGCAAUGGGGGGGUAGAAUCUUCCGAAAUAGACCCCAUGCUUCAAAUGGAUAGAGCUCAACGAGAAAAGCACGAAUCCGCUUUCAAAAUUGAAAAUAGGUUUCUGGGUGCCAAGUUAUGGCCCCUCAAAGUUGUCGGUCGGUCGGUCGGUCUGGGGUCCCACGAGGUUUUGCACAGGUUCGUGCCAAGCUUUGUUCCUAGCGCUUCUGUCCUGCAGCGCGCGGCGCAAUGGGUGCAGCUAAACGAUGCGUGCGUAGUUGUACCCCAGACUCAGUACACGUGCACAGUCUGGGGCAGUUUGGGGAGCGGCAUGUCGGCAUGUCGGGAGAUGCCUGGGGAGCUGGCCAGGGACAGGCCGGUGCCGGCCGGGUUUUGCAUGGGUGAACGGUUCAGCACAUUUCGUACUAUCAAGUAAUAUUGGACUAAGCCGUUGCGUAGUAGACCACUCUAUCAGGAUACUUGUCGGCAUACGGGUUGACAUGUCUACAUGUCCACAUGUCGGUCGGCCAAAAUGUGUUCUCAAGGUAGAUCAAUUUACAUAGCGACAGAGCUCACCGAGAGCAGUCGAUUGGCACUAACCUGACAAAAAACUAAGGGGUUCUGAGGGGUUUUUGGGGGGUCGUACGCCAGGGGGGGUCGGUCGGUCGGUCGGUCGGGGGGUCCGGGAGGUUUUGUGGCAUGGGGUCAAACAAGGGGUGUCAGCUUUAUACAGCUGGAAAAUGGGCUGAGCCCCAUGAAGCGCAAGGGAUGUGACGAUGGGCACCGGCGACAUGAACAGCACCCUUGCAAGCCCAUCCAGCGGGACUGGCCACUAUGCCAAC